AUGGACGUGAGUACAAUUAAUUAUCGAUUUAGAGAGAUUUUGCAACAUAAACAAGCUAGAUUAGCCGUUAGGCGAAGGUUACUAUUCAAACGCACUACAAAUCAUGAAGAUCCUAUUUUCAAGCGACGUCGUUACUUAUUGGAGAAAGAAGCACGAUCAUUGCGAUUACUGAUGAUGCAAUUACGUCAAUCUACACAUCAAUGUCAAGAUGUUACACGUCAAGAGGAACAAUUAGCCAAUGAGAUCAAUAUGAAUGAAGUGACUCAUCAAUAUCGCAGAGAUAAGUUUGAUAGACGUUGGGAGUUUGGACCUAGAACAGUUGUGUGUCCUAAUUGCAAGACCCUUAUGUGGAUAGAAGAAAGGCUUUCACCUCUAUGGGCGGUCGGAUUGAUCACAGUUAAUGAUGGUAGAGGCCCCUAUGUCUACCGUAUAAGUGGUAGUAAUUACCAUAUAAUUGGAACUUUACUCCCUGAGCCUGGAAGUGGACCAAAUUUUGCACAGUUGUACAUUUAUGAUACUGAUAACGAAACAUCCAAUCGACUUCAUUACAUGGGGGGCACAGAGGCUUCUUCCUUAGAUCCAAGAAUUUUACAAGGACUACAAACGAUGCUUGAUGAUAUAAAUCCUUAUGUUGCAGUCUUCAGAAAUGCCGGCAGUAUGUUGCGCGAUCAAGGUGAGCAUCAAUAUUUGAGAAUAAAGCUAAUUCGCGCUAGAGAAGGCAAACAGUACAUCCAACCAACCGCAAGUGAAGUGGUUGCAUUGAUGGUAGGUGAUGGGACUGAAGACAUAGGUAAUCAAGAUAUCAUAUUGCAAAAAAUAGAUGGUGGGUUACAAAGGAUUGAUGAAACUCAUCCAAGUUAUAUGCCUUUACAAUACCCACUACUGUUCCCAUAUGGUACCGAUGGUUGGAGAGUUGGGAUACCCAAGGCGUCAAGUACAAGUACCAGUCGAAGUACUGUGACAAUGCGACAAUUAUAUGCAUUUAGGAUACAUGAUAGGGAAGAAGAGGGUGACACCUUGAUAGAUUCUGGCCGCUUAUUGCAACAAUUUGAUGUUGAUGCAUACGCUGCAAUGAAACAAUAUCGAUUAUCAUGGAUAAGGAGAAAUCAAGGCAGGCUUCGCUCUGAUUUAUACAGUGGACUCCAAGAUGCAAUCAGGGUUGGAGAUGUCAAUGCUAAUGAUGUAGGUCGACUGUUCAUAUUACCAUCAUCCUUCACACGAAGCCCCCGUAAUAUGGCCCAUCAUUAUCAAGAUGCUACGGCAAUUGUUCGCGUUUUGGGUCCGCCUGAUUUAUUUAUAACUUUCACUUGCAAUCCAAACUGGCCUGAGAUUGUAAAUGAGAUAUCUACACGUGGAAGUCGUCGCACUGAAGAUAGACCUGACAUUGUAGCACGUGUUUUCAAGAUCAAAUUGAAACAAAUGCUUCGCGAUUUGAAGGAUAAUAAGAAGUUUGGAAAAGUCAUUGCUGAUUUUUAUGUCAUUGAAUUUCAAAAGCGCGGACUUCCACAUGCGCAUAUUCUCAUAACAUUGGCUCCAGAAGAUAAGCCUAAGUGUCCAGAGGAUAUCGAUGUAAUUAUUUCUGCGGAAAUCCCUGACAAGGAUAGAGAUCCUUUGGCAUUUGAAACAGUUACCAAGAACAUGCUCCAUGGACCAUGUGGGCCAUGUUUAAUUGAUGGAAAGUGUUCAAAGCAUUUUCCGAAGAAAUUUUGUGCUGAAACCACCUUUGAUGAUAAUGGCUUUGUGCAGUAUAGACGUAGACAAAAUAGAGAGCCCAUCAUUGUUAAUGGAAGGGAGGUAGAUAAUCGUUGGGUGGUACCAUAUAACAGAGAUCUAUGUGUUAAGUACAAUGCACACAUAAAUGCUGAGCGUGUUGCUACGAGAAGUGUGGUAAAGUAUCUAUACAAGUAUGUUACUAAAGGUCAAGAUCGAGCAACAAUUGUCAUUGAAAACAAUUCAACCACACGACGUGGUCAAGAGGUACAACAAGGAAAUAGAGUGGAUGAGAUAAAACAAUACUUAGAUUGUCGAUAUGUAUCGGCCAUUGAAGCAUGCUGGAGAAUAUUUGAGUUUGAUUUGCAACAUCAAUAUCCUUCAACAGAACUACUUCAGUUUCAUCUACCUGGUGAACAAUUUGUAGUUUUCAAUGAUAAUGAUGAUCUGCACACAGUCCUUGAACGACCAAGAUUGCAACAAACCAUGUUAACUAUGUGGUUUCAAGCUAACAAGGAUUUUCCAAAAGCAAAACAAUACACUUACCAAAAUUUUCCUAUGGGAUUCACAUGGAUUCGUUCUACAAAAAGGUGGGCACAACGACAAGAAAGACCUUGCAUUGAAGUAAGUGAUCCGAAACAGUUGUGGGAACAACAUUGGGGUGAACUUACCGAUGACCUAGAGAGAAUGAUGCAACAUUUCCCUGACAUGCCACAACCUUCUUCGGAGUUAGCACGCAGUGCCUUAAAUCGGUUGAUAAGAGAUGAACUUAAAUAUGACACACAUGAUGAAGCCAACAUAUUUGAUACCUUAGUUAGAGGGUUAAACACGGAUCAAUAUAGAGUAUAUGCUGCAAUACUCGAUGCUCAUUCUCGAGAUGUAGGUGGCUUAUUUUUUGUCUACGACAGUGGUGGGACAGGAAAGACAUACCCGUGGAACACUCUGAUUACGAAAUUCAGAUCUGAAAGAAAGAUCGUGCUCUCUGUGGCUUCAUCGGGAAUUGCUGCUUUAUUAUUGCCUGGGGGUAAAACCGCACAUUCGACUUUCAAGAUUCCUUUUGAUCCUGAUCAACAUUCCGUUUGUAACUUCAAAAAAGACUCAACCCGUGCUGAUUUGAUCCGUGAAGCAUCAUUAAUUAUAUGGGAUGAGGCUCCAAUGACCCAUCGAUUAGCAUUUGAGGCGGUAGAUCGACAUUUCAAGGAUAUUUGUAGUGACAGUAGAGUUUUCGGAGGUAAAUUGGUUGUUCUUGGUGGAGACUUCAGACAGAUACUUCCCGUGGUGCCAGAUGAAGGAUGA